UAAAUAGAAUUAAGUGGAAAAAACAAAAAUCUGUCGACGGCCGCUUAUUGUACAAACCGGCGGUUCACACUCCCUAACUAGUCUUUCUGGUCUUUCAUAGGAAUUUCCUAGAACAUCACCAUCAUCAUCAUCAUCAGAUUCCAGCAUUGAAGCACGCUACUGGUUCGCUGUGAUUUUCAAUUUCUUCUUCACCAUCUCUCUUCCUUCUACUGGGAUUCCACAGAAUGGAAACCAUGGAAGACAAAUCAAUUUUUGACUUGGAGAAAGAAAUUUUAAACAAAUUCAGAGAUUUCAUGACAAGGUUUACAAAGAUUGAUGAGUUGGGAACUGCUGGAAGCAAGCUGUUGUCCGGUUUUCAACAGGCAUUAGAGUUUAUUCGAAAGCCUCCUAUAGAUACAAGUUCUAAAUUAGUCAACAGUAUCAUUAAAGCUAAUGAAACUGAAAGACUUAAGUCAUAUGUCAACUUUGAAUUCAAGAACCGCAAAGAUGUUAACCAGAAUGCAACCAAUUUGGGCUCAUGUAAACAUGGACUUCUUCUCCAGAUAAGACAAGUGAAGGUAGUACUUGAUGAACUUGAAGAUAUACAGGCUAAUGUAAGAAAUGUUAUGCAAAGUAUACAUGGAAAAUUAUCAUCCCUUUCAGAUACGGAUAUUGAUUUUAAAAUGAAUGAGCAAGCGAUCUAUAAUGAUUUGGACGACGAAAAUACUGCUUUCUGUCAUUCUGGAAGCACUGAUGUUACAACUACAAAAGUUAAGAAAAAUACUGAUUCCACGCAUUUAGCUGCCCUAAUGGUUUCCAUAUACGGUAUGGUCCAGCAAGACUAUUUGAUGCAGGAUAGGAUUGUUUCUGCGUUAGAUCUGAACGUGUCAUCGGAAGAACUGGAAAGCUACUGCCUAAUGUGGUCUUUGCGUCCCUUCAUAAACGAUGAACUUGUGCAUGAGGCAUGGAAAUAUAUUCACUGAACAAUCUUUUGUUUUGACUGUAUAGAAUCAAUUACCGUCAGGCUAGAUAAAGUUUUUGCCCUAUUUAUAAAGAUUCUAUUUAAAGAAUGGCUCUAAGAGUUGUCAUAUUCAUUGCAUUAUUAUGAUACUAAAUCUAAUUGUAACAAAAAAUAUAUUUUUUUUUAAUAGCAAAGAUUGUACAA